AUGGAAGAAGACUACUUAGGCGAAAGCUUUGAACCUAAAAGCUUGAGGGUGGCCCAGCUACGAAGGGUGCUCGUGGAACACGGUGUAAGAGUUCAAUCGCACCUAAAGAAAGCUGAGCUAUGUGAAUUGUUCGAAAAACAUAUCAAAGCUAAAAGAGAACAGCUGCUUCGAGAAAGGGAAUCCGGCCAGGUGGUGAAGAUCGAAAAGGCUACGGAUUCGUCUUUCUCGCACGAAGCAUCUUCCGAAAAGUCUGGGUCGCCAUUUUCAGACGUAAACGACUUUCAAAACGAUGAGAACGCGCGGCCUCGCAAACGUAAGAUUGAGGAAGAGAGCACAGGGCGCAAAAAGAGUGGUAAGAAGUCGAAGAAAAGGGCCUCUGCAGAGCCAGCACGUGCCAAAAAGCAGGAAAGCAAGGAUAAUACGAGCUCUCCGUUGGUCAACAAGCUCCGCAGCAAAAGCCCCUCCAAGAAGUCUCCCUUGAAGCCACUUGCCAUUGAGGCUUUUGAGUCUUCGUCCUCGUCUUCCUCGGACGCGGCUUCCAGUAGCAGCGAUGACCUAGACUUCUCUUUGAGGCGCAAAGCGGCGUCGCCAGAUCUUUCUAAGUUGAAGGUCAGUCCAGAAUUCGCAAAGAAGCUAGCAAAGGCUUCAAGCUCACAGGGGUCAAAUCGGAGCCAAUCUAGUAGAGGCGCCUCUCGGGAAUCCGAGAUGGAAACAACGCCCCAGCGCCUUUCUGCAAGCGCCGAUAAGUCAAGUGUUCGCGAGAGCAGCGAGCCGAAGGACAGGUCGUUCAAGGACUUGCCUUCUUUUGCACCGGAGGGGAAAGUAAAAGGUGAAUCGAAGGAAGAAGAACCUUCAGGUGCAAGUACUCCUACGCGGGGCCCUUCCGCCCAGUCUUCUCACCAAUCUAGCCCGCAUUUAUCCGUGCCUGAUUUCAAGGAAGUCGCGGGAGAUGCCGGCUCUGAAGGACCCUCAUCUCCUGAUAAGAAAUUUUCCGCUGAAGAAGACGAGACUGUCGAAUCUUCGGAGGCCGAAGAAGACGAGGAGUCCAUUUCUGUUGAAAACCUAUCGGAACAGCAAGAUGAAAGCAAUACCUCGAAGUCCAGAUCAUCAAUAAAAACCAACAUUAAGGAAGCCAAAGAAAGCGCCAAGGAAUUUCUUCUUGAGAAGGCGAAAGAGCACCCCGUUCCACAACGAGCAUGGCUCAGAGCUCUCGGAAAAGGCAUAUGGAACCUCUCCGUUUUUCUCAUGGUUAUGAUACCUAUCCUAUUUGGUCUAUGGUACAGGGAAGAAAGAAUACAAAUUGGAUACUGCGGUCACGAAAUAAAUCUGCCGACGUUCGAGAACACAAACGACUCACCUUUGUUAAUUGCUCUUGAGAACUUCCUGGAUAAUCACAGGCCUCAAUGCCUCCCUUGUCCAGAAAAUGCAAUUUGCUACCCUUACAUGAAAAUCAAGUGCAGGCCAGACUAUGUGGUUACUCAGUCAAAGUGGAGUCUGCAGGGCAUAUUUCCCGUCAGUGACUACUGUGCUAAGGACACUAAAAGACAGAAGCUUAUUGCAGAAGUCGUAAGAAAAUCUCUUGAGCUGCUCAGGACCAAAAAUGCGAACGUCAAAUGUGGAGAAGGAGCUAAUGAUUUUGAGAGCGGUAUUACUGAGGAGGACCUGUACGAAAUUUUCUUUGAGUCUCGAGCGCCAUCCAUUAGCGAUGAGGACGACAUUCCAGCUGAAUCCCAUGACCUUUCGCAACAGGAGGAGCAUAUUCAACCCCUCCGGAAAGACCGGCUUUUUCGCUCGACAUCCAAGAAGUACAUCGGCCUGAAGUGCAAGUUUGAAAAAGAAGUCCAUCAAACUUACCAGAGGUUCAAGUACGUGAUUUGGAUAGCUUUUGCGCUCACUGUCAUAAUUAAGACUGUCACCUUCAAGUUGCGCAGUCAUUUCAAGAGGCAACAGAGGACUGAGGCUUUGACUCAGCAGGUCGUUGCCAAGCUCCAGAAAAGUGCAAAAGAGUCCAGUGAGAGCCGCCCGCCAUACAUGAGCACAGUGCAGCUACGAGACGUGCUGCUCUCAGAUGUUGUAGAUUUAAAGCUUAAGAACAAGUUGUGGAACUCAGUCAUUAAGAAAUUGGAACACAACAAUACUAAUGUCAAAUCUAGGCUUAUGGAGCUUCACGGUGAAAUCAUGAAAUGUUGGGAAUGGGUUGGCCCACUUCAGGAAGAGGAUCAGGACUAA